AUGAACAUCAAUUUAUUCAUCAUUCCAGAAUUUGAUAGAAUUGUCAGUGGAGAUAAGAAGAGUAUUAGAAGAGCAUUGAAUAUAUACGUUACAAUUCAAAAAAUUAUGGAUAAGUACACGAAAAGAGUACUAUUAUUCGUUAUUCUGAUGUCCAUCAUCACAACACCCAUACCACUUGCAAUGACACAAAUUGGGCCUGUUGAGGCGAUAGUGUUGAUUCUCUUCUUCACAUUAGAUACGACGGGAACAAAAUUUCCAUUAGAUUUUUUCUUUCUGAUGUUACAUACGAUAUUAGCAUCUGUACUCACAGGAAUACCGUUCAUUGGGAAAACGCUUAUAUGGGGACUUAUAGUGACGGGAUCAGCUGUGGUGUUGUACAUCUUACUAAUCACAAUAGGUGCAACACUACCAAUUGAUCUGUACCGUGGUUACACUGCAUUUCUCAUAUUCCAUUUUACUGUCUUGGUUUUAACUUUUGCUGUUUCAAUUGGUGUCCACUAUGGGACAGGACUUGAUAAAUUGGCACUGGCAAUUGUCAGCAUCGGAUUGACUGCACAAGGAAUCCCUAUUGUUGUAAUUUGUGGUCAAGCAGCAUUGGGUAGACCACAGUUCAGAACACUUGAUGGCUAUUACUACAAGGCUGCAUUCUGUGUGCAUAUGAUGCUCAUCCUUCUGCUGUCAGCCAUCAAUAUUGGAAUACCAUAUUUGAUAUUGGACAAUGUAUUAAAAGAUCAAGUUAACCACUUCAAAAUGACCUUUUGAGUCAUUCAAACUAACGAAAUGACAAGUACAUUGCACGCAAAUCGAUGCAAAAGCUGACCUUUACUCCUAAUAUAACUAACUGACUAAUAAAUGUUUUACAUUCUCAGUUUUAAUUUGAUUUUGAAAAACAUUUUCACUUGCACAUAUCCUUUUUUAUA